GCACUGGGUCAAGCCGGCUUCCCCGCUGCGCCUGCGCAGUAGGGGCGGGGUGAACGGUGGCCGCCGAGGCGAAGGCGGAGCGCGAGCGUGUUUCUCUUUCAGCUCGAGUUUCGAAAGGGGAGGGAGAGAAAAAAAAUAAUCGUGCGGCUGAUUGACGAAGCUCUCUCUCUCUGGCAGCAAAGGAAGCUGAGGCGGCGCGGGUUCCCCCGAGCGUGAAGCGGAGCGCCGUGUGUCCCAUGGACAGGACAGCUGGCGGAAUUUAAGCUGAAAGAGACGGCAGCAGCAGAGGCAGCGGGCAGAGCGGCGGCAGAAGGCAGGCGGACUGGAGCCGGAGCCGGAGCCGGAGCAGCAGCGGACCGACGGUUCCCUGCGACUCGCGCGAUGGACGGUUUCGCCGGCAGUUUGGAUGACAGCAUCUCGGGUGCAAGUACAUCUGAUGUCCAAGACCGUCUUUCUUCCCUUGAGUUAAGAGUCCAACAGCAGGAGGAUGAGAUCACAGUUCUGAAAGCAGCCCUGGCAGAUGUACUGAGGCGCUUAGCUCUCUCUGAAGAUCAGACUGCUUCCCUGAGGAAAACGUCACCUGGUAAAGGACAGCCAGUCUUACGCGAAGCCUAUUCUCUGUCAUGUAUAACCAAUGGGAGUUCAAUGGCUAGAAAACCAAUGCACAGUUCAGCUCUAUCUGUUGCCAGGAAGGAGACACUCGCCUUUGCUGCAAAAAGUUAUGGGCUGAAAGAGCAAAAAAACACUCCGGAGAAAAAUGAAAAACACGAGGAAAAAGAAACAAAUGGCGAGACUCGGCCUAAUCAUCAAAAUCAAGCACAAAUUUGUCAAUCCUCUCAAUCUCCCCAAUCGCAAAGCCACACCCAAGAGAACAAGAACCCUGCUUCAGCCAAAAGUGUAAAACGGAGUUCAACAAUUGAACGGUCACAGAGCAGCGGCUGGGAAGGUACCGAUGAGAGUCGUAACAAAAUGUUGAGAGCACAUUCAACGUCUAAAUUAUUAAAAAACAAAAGUACAGAUAAAUCUAAGGAACCAGCUAUCAGUCAAGCUCAAAGUUCACGCCGUGGAGCGUACAGCCAAGAGGGAGACAUGAUCAAGAUGUUCAUGCGUGGGCGUCCAAUCACAAUGUACAUUCCUUCUGAUGUAACGAAUUAUGAUGAGAUCAAAUCAGAACUGUCAUCUGAGAAGCUGAAGCUGGAAUGGGUAUAUGGCUAUCGAGGAAGGGACUGUCGUUCUAACAUCUAUCUCCUCCCAACUGGAGAAGUGGUCUAUUUUAUUGCAUCUAUCGUGGUGCUGUACAACAUUGAAGAAAGGACUCAAAGGCAUUAUCUGGGUCAUACAGAUUGCGUGAAAUGCCUUGCCGUUCAUCCAGACAAAAUCAAGAUCGCAACAGGACAGAUAGCUGGUGUAGACAAGGAUGGAAGAUCCUUACAGCCUCAUGUACGUGUAUGGGACUCAGUUAGCCUUGCAACACUACAGAUAAUUGGUCUAGGAACUUUUGAACGAGGAGUUGGUUCAUUGGCCUUCUCAAAAGCUGAUUCAGGAACUUAUUUGUGUGUAGUGGAUGAUUCCAAUGAGCACAUGCUAACUGUAUGGGAGUGGCAGAAAAAAUCCAAAAUUGCUGAAAUAAAGAGUACCAAUGAGUCGGUGCUUUCCGCUGAUUUUCAUCCAACAGACCCCAGCACAAUAGUGACAUGUGGCAAAUCGCAUGUCUUUUUCUGGACGUGGAAUGGAAAUUCUCUUGUAAGAAAGCAGGGGAUUUUUGGGAAAUAUGAAAAGCCAAAAUUUGUACAGUGUUUAGCGUUUUUGGAGAAUGGAGACGUGCUAACUGGAGACUCUGGAGGAAUUAUGCUAAUUUGGAAUAGAACUACUGUGGAAUCUACACAGGGGAAAGCACCCAAAGGGGUGUAUCAGAUCAGCAAGCAAAUUAAAGCACAUGAUGGAAGUGUAUUUACUCUCUGCCAAAUGAGAAAUGGAAUGCUGCUAACAGGGGGCGGGAAAGAUCGCAAAGUCAUUUUGUGGGAUCACUCCCUCGUUGCCGAAAGGGAAAUUGAGGUUCCUGAUCAGUUUGGAGCCAUUCGAGCUGUAGCAGAAGGAAAAGGAGACCAGUUCCUAAUUGGCACAUCACGCAACUUCAUUUUAAGGGGAACAUUCAAUGAUGGUUUCCAGGUGGAAGUACAGGGUCAUACAGAUGAACUCUGGGGUCUAGCCACACAUCCUUUCAAGGACCUUUUCCUGACCUGUGCCCAGGAUCGACAGGUUUGCUUGUGGAACUCUGUGGAUCACACCCUUGAAUGGAGUAAAAUCUUGGAUGAACCAGGUCAUUGUGCUGAAUUCCACCCGAGCGGUGUUGUGGUUGCUAUCGGGACUCAUUCGGGCAGGUGGUUUGUUCUGGAUGCCGAGACAAAAGACCUAGUUUCAAUACACACGGAUGGAAAUGAACAACUAUCGGUAAUGCGGUAUUCUCCAGAUGGCAAUUACUUGGCAGUUGGAUCCCAUGACAAUUUUGUUUACAUUUACACAGUAGCAGAAAAUGGCAGAAAAUACAGCAGACAAGGAAAAUGUACUGGACAUUCCAGUUAUAUUACACACCUCGACUGGUCACCAGAUACCAAUUUCAUAAUGUCUAACUCAGGAGACUAUGAAAUCCUAUAUUGGGAUAUUCAAAAUGGCUGCAAGCUGAUCAGAAAUCGUUCUGAAUGCAGGGAUAUGGAAUGGUAUACAUAUACAUGUGUUCUGGGCUUUCAUGUAUUUGGAGUAUGGCCUGAAGGCUCGGAUGGCACCGAUAUCAAUGCACUUUGCAGAUCGCACAACAAAAAAGUGGUGGCUGUUGCUGAUGAUUUCUGCAAAGUUCAUAUCUUUCUUUACCCCAUCUCUAAGCCUAAGGCUCCAAGUCAUGUUUACAGUGCACACAGUAGUCAUGUGACCAACGUUAGCUUCACCUACAACGAUGGCCAUUUGAUUUCGACGGGAGGAAAAGAUACUAGCAUCAUACAAUGGAGAGUGUGGAGAGCAGCCGAAAAAGUACCUCUUCCAUCAAACGAAAGCAACCCGGAGCAAAGUUGCUCACCACCUCCAGCUGCAAGUCCAACAGAAAAUUUGCCAGUGUCUUAAAACUUCAAACCUGUAGGAGAUUCUUGGCUUAUUUUCGGAGGAAUAGUAGCUGGGCAUUGUGAAUAGGGAUGCUGGAUUUGUUUAAUUCUUGUCUAAUCAUCUGUGGAAAGGAUGGAAUGAUUCCCAAGGGCUUCAUUUGAAAGUGUCAAGUGAAUUUAAUGACUGGCCAAAGUUCUUCUUGGGAAGAAAUUCCAACAGUUAUAAUACAUUUUAACAAUUAUAUAAAAUCAGAAGUUACUGUAAAUACUGGAAAAAAAUACACUUCUGCGGUUGGGAUAUGCUGAGUUUGCUUUGUAUUAUGAAGCAUUUUUUUCAAGUUGAAUUUAAAUGAUUGCAUAACAAAUAACACUAAUUGUUAAAUUCAGUCAGGAUUAACUCAUUUUACCAGGUCUGCAUGUGGUCAAGAAUUAUGAAUGAGGUUGACUCACGCAGAGUAUUCUGGUAAACUAUGACUGCCAAGAUUAUGGCACUGCCUUCUUGAAUACUGAAUAUACAAUGUCUCUGCAUCACUUAUGUCUGAUGAUCAUGUGGACAUUUUUGUGAUCUCUGAUUUGAAGCAGGCUUAUUUGCAUUUGUUGUUCAGAUGAAUUAAACUAUACCUCGUGAAGUGGUCUCAAGUCUACACAUAUCUUCUAAUUCUAUUUUUUUAAUUUAACAUUAAUUUCCAGUAGCAGACCUGUGUUAGGAGCAGUCACAUAAUCUAAACUAAACUCAACCCUUUGAAGUAUCUUUUAGAUUUUUGUUGAAGUACAAACUGCCUGAUUGUUUCCUCCUUUCUAGACUGGUUAUGUUUGCGAAAUUUGUACUUUUUGCUACUUCUUCAUGAACUAAACGAUCCACCAAUUACCCGCCAGUCAUUGUGUAUUAAUUCUGACCAUGGCCAUUCAUUGAACAACAUGGCAUUUAGCGUAUCCUAUCAGGAUAUCUAAGUAUAGAUUAGUUUUGUGUUUUCUGGGGAUUUUUCUUUGUUUUCAGGCCUGCAAAAUUGCAUUUGAAACAUGAGGGGGAAAGCAAUCACUGACAAUAUGCAAGGGAAAGUGUCCAAUUAGAUUAUUUAUAAUUUGAUUUGCAUAGUGUAAACUAAAUCUUUUAUUACAUAUGUUGAUUCAAUGCUUUAGAUUUAUGGAAAAGUCAUAGCUAGUAAUUCUAGGUGUUGUUAAAUGUGCUUAAGUCUUAAGUGUGAAAUCAAGUGUUUACCAGAUCGUGCCAUUCCAAAGUGGAUCAGAACUGUCAUUCCCUUUGAAUCUGUACUCAGGAUAAUCUAAUUACCAGGCAUUUAGCAAUUGCUGAUCCAGGGCAAGUGCCUAGAUGGACUCGAAAAUAUGCAAAGUCCUUUAUUUCAUAAUAGGUGCUAUCUGGGGAUGCUUUUGACAUGCAAAAAGCCUUACAGCUACCAACUGAAAGUAUAACAACAAAUUGAUACAUCGGUCUGCAAUAACUUAGGGAAUUUAAUAUGGAAAAUGUGUUGCUGUAUUAAAACAAAAUUGAUUGUAAGGGAAAUAUAAAUGACCAAGGAUUUUCCAAUGUGUUGAUAUUAGAAUUGUUUUCAUGCAUUCCUGAAAAUGGCAUAAGAAUUGAUGAAAAAUAAAUAAGUGAUCAGAGUGAAAA